AUGAACCGGCUGCCCCGAGAACUCGUCGAUGCCAUUCUCUGGAGAUGUGUCGCCCAGGAGUCCAAGAACCAAGUGCUCGUCCUACGGCUCGUCUGUCGCUUCUUUGACCGUGCCCUCAAGCCCUACGUAUGCCGCACCCUGGGCCUCGACUUCUCCCGCCUGAGCAGGCAGAGCGGCUUUCGACUGCCCGAGGUGGAUGCCCUGCAGACCAUCGGCCACCACUGCAAGAGUCUGUACGUCGACUUGAUGGUGCUGCGAGAUGAAAUGGAAGUCGAGUUUCUCGAGACCGUCUUUGCCAGGAUCCCGUCCAUGACCAAGUUUUGCCGGAAGCUGCAGCACAAGUACUGCCUAAACCAAUCCUCCUUUACCGAGAUGGAUUUCUUCGACACCCUCGAGGCCAUGCUCUUCAACUGCCGCCGUGUCGACCGACUGCGGCUGAACCUGCCCUUCCAACUCGUCGGCCACCACGUCAACGCGGCCACGAUGAUCCUGGCCAACACCCUCAAGGCCUUCGCCGGUCGGCCGGAGGAGGACUCGGCCGAGCUGAAGGCGCUCGUGCUCGAGAACGUCACCGACAUCGCCAUAUGCCACCUCUGGAUGAACCCGAGCGACGUCAUGAACAUCAUGACCGUCCUCGCCCCCGUCCGCCACCUUGUUCUCACACUUCGCCGUCACGAGAACGAGGCCCUCCGGGUCGGCUGGUUCGGCUCCUGCCUGUGGAACCUGAUUGAGAAUGCCGAGAGGCUCGAGUCGCUGUGCCUCAUCGGCAUGGACCACGAAGACAAGCCGCCCCGGGGCCUGAGGCAGACGCGCUUCACCCAGGUGCCCGUCGACGAGUGGAGGGCUCGGUCCCUGCCGGCGCCGCGCAUAUACCUGGCCAGCCUCACCUGCCUCGAGCUGAAGCGCAUCGAGAUCCUUCCCGAAGCCUUCCUCAAGAUCGUCGAGGACGUGGGCAAGUCGCUCGAGGAGCUGUACCUGAACGAGGUGUUCCUCAAGACGGAGCAGAGCGGGGAUUGGAACCAGGAUUCGCAAAAGGUGCUCUGGGUCGGCGUCCCCAACACCCGACCGCCCGAGGACUGCUACUGGAUGGCCAUGGCCGUGCGGGCGGCGGCUCCUCUCCUGCGGACGUGCCGCGCCUCCUUCCUCGCCUACGAUCAAUAUCUCGGCGACGAAACGGGACCCGUGGCCGCGUUCGACCUGGACGAUCCCUGCCACCUCUCCCGAAGCCUGUCCCAGCGCUUCGUCGAGGUCGUCGGCGGCAUACCCCAGCCUGCCGUCCCAUCGUCGCCCGACGCGGUUGAAUACCUGCCUCGGGACUCCCGCGACGAUCAUCUCGUCGCGCGACCGCCACCGCAGCCGACGGCCGUAAGCCCACAGCCGUCCGUUUCCAAGAACGCCCCGCGGCGAAGCGCCCUGCGGGUCGAAGAGUACGAUGCGAACGCCUACCAGACGGCCGUCGCGAACCCGACGUCGAAGUGGCAGAAGAGCAUCGACGGACUCUUCGCCAACUGCAACUCCAACACCCUCGACGAGCUGCACUACAUUGCCGAGACGGCAUGCCGCGGCAUGAACGAGAUUCACAGGCGACGGAACGAGUGGGCGUCGGGAGGCAGCACGGCCAACGAGUACGCCGACAACCUGCUGAGCCAGCUCCCCCCGCCUCCCGGCGCGGGUGGCGACGACGGUCCGCUGCAGGAGCCCCAAUAA